GACAGUUUCGACUCCAGCAGGUAACAUCUUAGAAAUUUUGUUUUAGGUGAUAAACUACAGUACCCAUAAUGCCGUGUAAGGCUGAUUAAUCGAGUGCUGACUCGUCGCCCCGCUACACUCGCCCACCCUUAACGUCCAAUUUUCUCCCAGCAGCCGCAUCCUGUCUACCGUUAGCUAGCUCUUAAGAGCCUAGCGAGUCAUUUUUCUUCAGGGGAAAUGAUAUGUUUACAUCUCAAUAUUGUGUAAUUUUACUGAGUAUUUCGUUUGGAGAAAAUGAAUAUUAGCUUUUUCCGUGUCAACACGCCUCCUUGAAGACACAUUUUCCCACUCAAAGUGAGCUUUUUCACUUCGACCUCGGUAGCCGAACGGGUUCAGCGAGUCGGUUCGUUUUGACAAGUGAGAGGCUCUCAUCUGUCCGCCGCCGCUGCUCUCUUCAGACGGGAGGGGGCUUGGACAAAGCCAGUCAGAUGUUGGACGGUAAAAAUAUCCCGACGUUUUUUACAACGGGCCGCGAAAUUGAAUUAUCCAGCUGAUCGUCUGUCGUGAAAAGUGCCAGCAUUAAGGAAAAGAGGGAGGUCUAUUUUGGGAGGGCGAGAGUUUGGAUCUCGCACCGAAGGAAAGAGGAGGAAAACCCGCAGAGAAGAAGGGACGUAAGGCGGAGAAAAUCCUGAUGCCAGUGAUGGCAAACGAGCCGAUCAUCCUAAACGUCUAUGAUAUGUACUGGAUCAAUGAGUUCACCAGCUCUCUGGGCAUCGGAGUCUUUCACUCAGGGAUUGAGAUCUAUGGAAGAGAGUUUGCCUAUGGCGGACACCCGUACCCAUUCUCAGGGAUUUUUGAGAUUACACCAGGUGAUGCAACUGAGCUCGGAGAGACCUUUAAGUUCAAAGAAGCCAUAGUCCUGGGCAGCACAGACUUUACAGAGGAGGAUGUGGAGCGAAUCGUGGAGGAGAUGGGGAAGGAGUACAAAGGCAACGCCUACCACCUCAUGCACAAGAACUGCAACCACUUCUCCUCAGCACUGUCAGAGAUCCUGUGUGGCAGGGAGAUUCCUCGCUGGGUGAACCGCCUGGCCUACUUCAGCUCCUGCGUGCCAUUCCUCCAGAGCUGCCUGCCCAAAGAGUGGCUGACCCCCGCUGCCUUACAGUCGAGCGUGAGCCAGGAGCUCCACGGAGGAGGAGGAGGAGGAGGAGGAGAGCUGGAGGAAGCGGAGGACGCCGCGGCCACAGCCUCCCUGGCCUCCAUGUCGCCCUGCUCGCCCUCGUCCUCCUCCAGCCCCUCGUCGUCUUUGCCCCGCCACUCUCGCCACCAGCCCCGCCGGUAGACGCUGCAAGGUCCGCUCGAGGAAAACUUGAGGCCGGACUUGCGGUUACAGACACAGUCAGGUAACGGGACACCUGCAGCAGCUGAUGGGUGCGGCCUAACGUCCUGUCAGACUGUCCUCAAGAAAGAGCCUCGACCGCUGCCUGCUGUGGGUACAAACGUCAGCCAAAUCUCUACCACGAUGCAGAGCAAUGGAACACUUUUACCUUGAGGAGGGAAGGAACUCUUGCUGCUGACUAAGGCGGGAAUCUUACUUACAUUUCUCCCAUUCACAAUCCAAACUAUUCCCUUUGAUUAUUUUACCUGCCAAAUUGCUGUUUGCGCUUCAGAUUUUACCAGUGCUCAGUAACUGACUGGUGCUGAUCCUCACCUUGUUCCAGUGAAAACCAAAUUCUGCAGAAAUCAGGGUUUGUUUUUGACGACCGACCAUUUGACAGGUUCGAUGUCACUCGUUUCCCUGUGGCCUGGAGGCAAGUAAUAUAACUUUAAAGGGUCAGAAUGAGAUGGUUUAAAGUGAACAAGAAUCUUGAGAUCCUAAGUGCUUGUGACAUCUGCUGUAUUUACUGUGUUUUUAGACGUUUUUUUGUGUUAGACUUAAAUGCAAGAAAGCGAAGUGUUAUUCACCCGAAAAGGGGCAGAUAUGAAACAGAUAUGUGAAGAAUAAAUCAAGACGGCUAAAGAUGGAGACAUUCAGUUACUGGUUUCACCUUCUCCUUAGUGAAACUGGCCAAUCGCUGUGAGGCGUCGGUGUAAGCGAUGGAGAGUCAGGUCUUGAAAGUUAGUCAGAAAUUGUCGGUUGGGAAAGUGCAGUGCGAGCAGAUAUCUGGCGCUGUUGAGCCACUUGAUCUUAAUCACACAAGAUUACCACAGGAUCAUUACUAGUAUAUUUUUAUGUUUUAUAUUUAUAUUAUUACGUUAUAUCUUUACCUCUUCAGACCUUUGAAAUGUGUUAAAACCAAAUACAUGGAAAGGACUGACAUGAUUUAACCCAAGUAGACAAUACUUCCUACUGUACAGGGUCUCUUCGUGUUGUACAUUUAUAUAAUCUGAGUGUUUGAAGCAGAAUUGAAUGUUAAAGCAAUUUCCGGCUCUCCUGGUCGACACAGUGGACCUGGCUGAAACGUUUGAUUGUUGUGAUUUCAAAUGUCCACAAGCUGAGCGCUGGUAGAAUUUGAGCUGCAGCUGUUAAAUGUUUCCUCUGAACGGUUGGCUGGUAAUUUUGGACUCUUUGCCUCAAGGUGCUGUGCGUGCACCGUGACCUCUGCCUUUUUAUUUUUCUACCACAACAGGCUGGAGGUCUGAAAUCAUCUUAAACUAGGAACUACAAUCAGCCUCACAGACACAAUGAACUGACCCGGAGCCAGUGUCGGACCCUAGGACGCCUCGGACAGGUUCAGUUGUCGGCAGUCUUUGCUUUCCAGCUUGCUCUCUUUGAUCCGUCAAGUCUGUAGAAGCUGUUCAGGUUCAGGUUCAGGUUCAGGUUCAGGUCCUCUCCAGUGUCGUCAUCUUCUUAUCAUAACCACACAUAUGUGAUUAAUUAGGCUAAUAAUUUCUUCCCCUUUUUUGACAACAUUUCCACAUAAUUCGAGAGUAAGGUUGUAGUGCAAGCACCGAGUUAGUGUCAUGGUACACUAACCUGAAAGGCCGUUUUCCUUUGUCGGGCUGCUUUGUACCAGACAGCUCACGGUUUGUAGGUUUAAGCAAAUAUUUAGUUCUCUUCCAAGUGAUUCAUACGUGAUGUCAGCUCAUAAUCCACAAAUAUUUGGCUGACGACGAAGCAAAGGAAGGCAAACUCUUCCCCAACUGACCUGCCGUCACUCCGCACAGUCCUUUUCCUCACAUGGGUGUCUAGUUAGGGAUGACGCACAUCGGUGCUAAUUUGAAGCAUCUGAAACACAUUUUUAAGUUUAAAAUCUGUCAUUUUUUUACACGAGGAAAGCUCAUUCAAUCAUUUACUCAGACAAGAUUGGAAAGUGCUGUUUUUUUUUUCUACAUGAUGAGCACCUCCUCUGAAUCUAUGUAUGCUGUUAACAACCACACAUAAUGCUGCAGAAUGUGUACACUGUCCCAAAUGAGAGCCAUCGACAUGUGGAAAACAUGAUGGAAGUCUGAGGACAGUUGAACCUGGAGAUUUGUUUUUUAAAAUUCCUUAUCGUUUUAAUAUAAAGACUCUGGCCUUUGUGUCUGUUUUGUUUAUGUUUGAUAAACUCAGGACUCUAAAAGGCUUUGUAAUAUAAUCCUUUAAACUUUUUUAUCCCACGUUAUGUUUGCCUCGUUGUUAUUUCUAAUGCAGUAGUCACUCCAUAAAGCUUUUCAACAGCACACGGUGGCAGUGCACUUUUAUACUCUUUGAUAAAAAAAGAGCUUUUGUUUACAACCUGUAUGUUUGUUGUUUAUGAGGCCUGUGCUGAUUUUUUUUUUUUUUUUUUUUUGGCCGUGUGUGUGUGUACAUGUGUGUGUGCACUUGUAUACCUCUCAGCCAUAACAUUAUGACCACCUUCCUAACGUUACGUAGGUCCCUCUUUUGUUGCCAAAACAGGCCUGACCUGUAGAUUCAUGGACUCCACGAGAUCCAAGUUCUGGAAAUAAAUUGCGAGGUGGAAUCUGUAUGGAUCAGACUUGUUUGUCCAACACAUCCCAUCGAUGCUUGCUCACGUGUGUCCAUGACUUUGUCUCAGGUUCACCUCUUUUUCUUUCUUGGAUACUGAAUAUAUACAUAGAUACUGACCUCUGCAGACCAGGUAACACUCCACAAGAUCUUCAGUUUUGGAGAUGAAAUUCAAAUUCUUCCACUUGUUAACUUUUCCUGCUUCUAGCAUCAGCUUUGACGAUAAAAUGUUCACUUGCUGCUUAAUGCAUCCCACCCAUUGAUAGGUGCCGUAGCAACGAGUUAACAGUGUUAUUUGUGUGGCAGGUGUCAGUGGUCAUAAUGUAAUGGCAGACUGGUAGAUUAUAAACGCUUUACUAUCAACAAACUGCCAACUGGGCCAAAUUUCUCACACACGUACAGAUAUUCUUUUUUUUUUUUUUUUUAAAAAAAAAAAAACAUCUUAACAAAUGUAGCACUAUAUUUGCCACAUCUGGAAAACUUAUUUUGGUUCACAAGCAAAUUUUACCAUCGUUUAUUUUGACACAGUUGCAAUUACAGGUAAAAACAUUAUUUUCUGAAAAGCAGUGUUACAGAAAAAACCAUUCUCAUAAAACCAGCAAAUUUGUCAGAUUUAGAGUAAAAGGGUGUAACUGUCUCUUACGUUGUCGUAACUAAACUUUUACUUUAAAUGCACAGACACACACACUGGCACUGCUGAUGGCAGCGCCUUCUGCUGGCUGUUAUUUGUACUGUUAACUGAGGUUUCCUGUAAGCUUCAUGUAGCUUCUGGUGGUUUCCUGCUGUUACACAAUCAUGACUGUACAUACACUUCCAACAUUAAUUAUCCACCAGCUAAAUUGUUACCUUAUAUUUCUAUAACACUUAUGACUGACAUCAUUUUACUGACCAAAGACUGCUUUUAGAUAAUGACCCCUAUUUAUCCCUUCAUUCCUUCUUUAUUUGACAGUAAAUAACCUAAAAGUAAAUGAUUUUAUUUCUUUAUUUUUGCACCACUUGUGUUUGCUGUGAAUGCAGAUCAGGAAACCUCAGUCACUCAAACCCACACAAACUGACUUCAGUGGAGCCGAACACAUUUGUACCCUGUUUGAAAGGAAUUAAAGAAAAUAAACAGUG